AUGGCCACCAAUAAUCCCCCUGCGAAGCGCAUCAAGCGCGAGGAAUACCGCCGCUCCAUCCAGACACAGCAGGAAGCUACCGAUGGCUCCGUCAUUAAGAUGCCGCAGAAGAAAUUCUUCCGCCAGCGCGCGCAUGCGAAUCCUUUCUCUGACCACCGGCUAGAGUAUUCAGAAGCUCCGAGCUUCGCUGGCGACAAUUCCCAGACAUCCCGUCACGGGCACACAGCUAACGACUUGCGCUCAAAUAGCCCCAUUAGCCCUGCGCAUAUGGACUGGUCAUCCCAUUACCCUGCAUUCGUGGAUCCAGACCCAUCCAAGACAACUCUCAGCGGCGGCCGCAAGUUGACCAAAGAAGUCGAGGUCGUGGAUAUCGGAUGCGGAUUCGGUGGAUUAAUGGUUGGCCUUGCGCCAUUGCUGCCAGAUACCCUGAUGGUUGGCAUGGAAAUCCGCAUUUCAGUGCUGGAAUACCUCAGCUCGCGCAUCCACGCCCUACGCAGCCAACAACAACGUCUCAAGAACAAAGCCGCCAACCCUUCAGAACAAUCCGAGUCUCAAAAUCCUCAGCCCGAAAGCACCGAAGCGAACCCAGCCUCUGCUCCAGUCAACGACGAUGAAGUCGGCACGGACAAGAUCUUCCCCGGAAACUUCGAAAACGUCAGCGCAAUCCGCAGCAACACAAUGAAGUUCCUUCCCAACUUCUUCGGCCAUCAUCAGCUUUCUAAGAUUUUCAUCUGUUUCCCGGACCCGCACUUUAAGGCCCGUAAGCACAAGGCUCGUAUUGUCUCCGAGACUCUGAACAGCGAGUAUGCGUAUGUUCUGCGGCCUGGCGGUCUGCUGUAUACCAUUACCGAUGUGGAGGAGUAUCACCACUGGGUUUUGAGGCAUUUCCUGCACGGAGAGCAGCCAGAUGGUACGGCGGGUCCGGCGAGCAGCAAGGAUCUUUUCGAGCGGGUUUCUGAGGAGGAGCUUGCGGCUGAUCCUUGUGUGCGGGUGAUGAAGUUUGAGACGGAGGAAUCGAAGAAGGUGACGAGGAAUAAGGGUAACAAGUAUGUUGCUGUUUUCAGGCGCAAGGCCGACCCGGAGUGGCCUGCUUGA